GUUGGUGCAUCAGUCCUCCUUUGACUGUCAAGGGAACUACGUCUUGACCACAAAAUAACAGCAUGAAAGCGUUUCUUGUACUACUGGCUGCGGUCAGUGUGGCGUCAGGGUUGAAGUACACCGGCCUCCGGGCGAAGUUCGGUUGGUCAGAUGCCCUCGCCGACACAGAGUACUUCUUCAAGAUCCCUCGCACCAUCAGCGAGGCGGAGAGCAGCGGAUGGAAGAGGACUGAGCGCCCUCCCGGCCCUCUCCCAGAGUUGAGGAUGUACUGCCCUCCAGGCAGAGCAGUCUGCCCUCUGUUUGACACUGCUGGAUUCGUUGCUGGUCUGCAGAUUGCUCUGCCUGUUGAUGACUACGAAUCCCUGGCCAUCAAACCUGAAAAGAAAUUUGUGAAGUGGAACGCGCCGGCCGUCGAAGGUGAACCUGCCAACCAGUACUGGACCCUAACCCAGUUCUACGUCUCUCAAGACUCCCUCAAGGCCGGCUCAGGCCCGCAGGUAGAGAACGGCGAGACCCUCCAAGAUGGCGGCGUGUGGGUCACCGGGCUGGACGGCAAGCUCCUCAAGAUUCCCAUCUCUGAAGCUGAGCUGAACACCACCGCCUACAAGAGACAGAACUGCGUUCCUAACAUGGGCACCCACUACUACUACAACAUGACAGAGCAGAUGAAGUGCGAAGACCUGCUGCCCUGGUUCGCUCUGACCACCAACGGGGAACUCCUGGGCACAGGCUUUAUGAUGUUCGGCAAGCUGGCUACGCAGAAGCCGCGCCACUGGUUCGAGAUCCCACCCUCCAGAUCUGAAGUUGCUGAGAUCACCAUCCCCUACGCCCCCAAAUGCCUGGAAGAGUGGGGGACAUCUUACGGGAUUCUGUCCCUCCACAUCUACUACAUCGAUGACCCAUGGAACAUUCGGUGCAAGUAAGUGAGAAUGGAGACUCAGUGAAACCGGCUCCCGUGAUGGGCAGGCUCAUGCUGAACGGGUACCGGUACGCCAACCAGGUCGCCGACGAGGUCAAGAGACUCUUCAGUGGUUGAUCAUAGAAGCGACUUCUUUCACUUCUAAUAGGCAUGGAAACAAAUGACGAUCGCGAAAUUUCACCAUUUUAACAUUUGCAAAAGAACAAAUGAAGACCAAGAGUUACUCGCGUCAUUUGUUUUCAAGCCUAUCACCGUAGAAAUUAUUUAAAAAUCAUAUUGUUUAUAAUACAUUAAAUUAAUUUGAAGUAACUAAGAACUGCAUAGCUAUGUCUUUCCAAAUUGGUGAAGUCGCUUUAAUUAGGUAAUAUAAAAUCUUUAUUAAUAUAUUCUGUCUGUGUUGACUAUCAAUUAUUUUUUAAUCGUAUUUAUAUUAAUAGCCAAUAGAGUCUCGUUUGAAGAGCAGUCGGUGACCGGUUUUAAGUUUAAACAACAAAUAAUACUUAAAAUAAAUACUUAAUUGUGUACUGACUGA